AUUAACAUGGCCGUCCCGCUCUCGCCGCCUAAAAAGCGUAUGCCGUGACAGCAAGCCACACACUAUAAAUGCGACUCGCGACGGGCUAACAUGGCUGCUGGGAACCGAAAUCAAAAUCUGAGGAAAAUCGUGCGGUCGGAGUGUGUUUGCAUCAGCGUGAAGCCCAGUGUUAAGCUAAAACAUUGACUGCCUUGCCCUCGGCGUGCCCACCAACCGCAGUUGCCGCGUUCUAACGUAGAUCGUUCGUGUGUCUGCCGCGCGAACCAGUGUGCGUGGAAAAAAUCGAUGGUGCGUGAGUGCGAGUGAGUGGGAAGGCGAUUGAUUUGUGACGCUGCUAGCGAAAAGCAGCCUCCCCCUCCGUGCGUAGACGGCCAUAUUACCGCAGCAUCGAUUGUACAGUUUUAGAGCAAACAAAUCAAUUAGAAAAUGCAGAGCGCAUGAGUUGAGUUGUGAGUGGGCGCUCCACAAAAGCUGUCUGCUGUAGCACCGCGAAGGGAGCGAGAGCGAGGUAUACAAAGGGAGGAAGGAGAGCAACGAUUGCCAAAGAUUAGUUACUUAGAGUAGAUCUUUUAGAUCGACGGAUCACAAAGCGUAUCACAAAAUAUCAUUGUAUAAUGACAUCAAGACUCGACCGACUGUUCAUCUUAUUGGAGACCGGCUCCACAGCGGCCACUCGCCAUGCGGCGGCCAAGCAGAUCGGCGAGGUCCAGAAGCUAUAUCCACACGAGUUGCAUGCCCUGCUCAACCGCCUGGUGGGCUAUCUGCACAGUUCGUCCUGGGAGACACGCAUUGCUGCGGCACAGACUGUGGAGGCCAUAUUGAAGCAAGUGCCGCCGUGGAACCCGGAACUACAGGUGGUGCCCAAAAAGGAACGCACCGGCCCUGAUGCCAACACAGCAGCAGCUGCAGCCGAGGAGGACAGCUGCCAGUCAAGCGGUUCCAGCUCGACUACGGCCAGCGAACGACUGCUCAGCUUCGAUGAGUUCGAUCUGCAGCAAAUCCUGCACAAAGGCGCCCGUCUCAUCGGCUCCGAGGGCAACGAGUUCGAUGUGCAGGAGGAGCAACCGGCCAGCGGCGGCGGUGAGGAGGAGCGGAGUCUGGCCAGUCGCCUAAGUCGUCAGCGGGCGGUGCUCAACGACAAACUGGGUCUGACCACGGCCGCCAAGCUGGGCGUUAAUCUUACCGACAUGAUCACAGACGAGGAUGUGGCGCUCACCAGGAGUGGCAGCAGUUACAACGUCAACGCCGAGAAGCUCCCUGUAGAGCACAUACUUAACAUAAAGCCAGCGGCGAACGGUUCUGGGCAAGCUCAGCUAAGCUGCCGGGAGAUGAACCGGGCCAAGCGCAAGGCCCGCCAAAACACAGGCGUGUCAGCCACCGUGGUCACGCCCACUUGCAGCAGGCGCAACUCGAACAGUAACCACAGCACUGGAAGUAACCACAGCAACAACGGCACCGCGUCCCUGGCUGCAUUGGAUGAGCCGGAGAAGAAAAAGCUGAAGGCGACUGAGCGGCAGGAAAUCUUUUACAGCCUUAACGCCGCCGUGCCAGAUGCCACAGGCACUUGGGUGGAUGCCGUCUCCUGGCCGUUGGAGAACUUCUGCUCGCGCCUUUUCAUCGAUCUCUUUCAUGCCAAAUGGGAGGUUCGCCAUGGUGCGGCCACAGCUCUGCGGGAGCUGAUCAACCAGCACGCUCAGGGAGCGGGAAAGGCAGUGCAACAGAGCCACGAACAGAUGGACGAUGCGCACAGCCGGUGGCUGGAGGAUGCCGCCCUUCGCCUGCUCUGCGUGCUCUGCCUGGAUAGGUUUGGCGACUUUGUCUCGGAUCAGGUGGUGGCUCCGGUGCGGGAGACAUGCGCCCAGGUGCUGGGCACCCUGGUGAAGGAGAUAAAGGCGCCCAAGGUGCAGAGGAUCGUGGAUAUACUGCUCCAGCUGAUCCAGCACAAGAACGAGUGGGAGGUGCGGCAUGGUGGUCUACUCGGCCUGAAGUACGUUUUUGUUGUGCGCGAGGAGCUGCUGCCCAUUUACUUGCCGCAGUCCAUCUCAAACAUCCUAAUUGGUCUGCUGGACGCUGUGGAUGAUGUUGGCGCUGUGGCUGCCGCGACCCUGAUUCCAGUUUCCUCAUGGCUCCCUAAGCUAUUGAAUCCGGCGCAAGUGUCCUCCAUCGUAAAGAUGCUGUGGGAUUUGCUCUUGGACCAGGAUGAGCUCACAUCUGCUUGCAACAGUUUCAUGGGUCUCCUGGCGGCCAUUCUAUGCCUGCCAAAAGCCGCCAGCUGGGUGGAGAUGGAGCCGAUGGCCAUGCUGGUGCCGCGACUGUGGCCAUUUCUUUCACACAGCACCAGUUCGGUGCGGAGAUCCACGCUAAAGACGCUCAUCACCCUGACCAGUGCGGAUAAAGUGAAGUCGGAGCCCAAGGAGGAGGAGGAGAAGGAGGAGCAGGUUAAAGACGAGCUGGGUCAGCAACAAAAGAUGAAGCUUAACUUUGGAGUCAGCGACUGGAAGUGGCAACUGUUGCAGCAGGCGCUGCGUCACAUAUAUCAGCGCAUUCUGGUCGAACCGCAGGCAGAUAUACAGGCCCUGGCGCGUCAGGUGUGGUCAAAUCUCAUCGAGCAUGCGGAUUUGGGUGCUCUCUUGCACGCCGCCUGCCCAUACGUGUCCUCCUGGAUCUGCCUUUCAAUGCAGCCACCCAGACUAGCCUUCGAUGCAGGGGUUCUAAUCAGAGCUGGCGGAGAUUCGAGCAACGCAGGAAGCACCUCGCGGAAACGAACGCCCCGCAUAGGCGACGAUCUGGGCGGAGCCAUCCUGGCGCACUCAAAUGCCGCUCUGAAAUUGUAUCUGGGUGGUAGCGAAGCCACGCCACUAGAGUUGAGGGAGGCGAAUUUUAUGCGUGCUCGCAUUUCGUCGUCGCGGGCUCUGGGAGCUCUCUCCCAUUACCUGGUGCAGCCGGCGCCGGGAGUGGUCUACACGCCACAAACCGAAAGCCCCACGGACUGCUAUACGAAAGUUUUGUUGGGCCACCUCAAUGCCCACUCCGCUGUGCAACGCAUCGUUUGUGGCCUGAUCAUUGCUUUUUGGGCACUGGAAGAUGAGCCAGUGCGACCGGGACCGCCGAAUCUGCAGGAAAAGUUACACCAGUGUGUGAGCGAGUACGUCUACUACGAUGAGGUGGCCAUCUCGCUAACCCGACUGCUGCAGGAGGCCCAGGACUUUAUUGCCACGCUGAAGCAGAACAAAAUCCCCAUUAACGACUUCAACAACGCCAAGAUCCUCACGCUGGAGCAAAUCGAGGCGGUGGCCACCACCUUGAGCGAAAAUCUGCGCAUCUAUUCUCUUAAGCCCAAGCUGUUGGACAUGCUAGAGGAAAGGCGGCGCAGCCUGCAGGCCUCCUACCAGCAGACGACCAGUGAGCAGAGCGCCUACCAUGUCAGUGCGCAGGCGGCACUCGCCGGCGCCAUCUGCGCCCUACACUGCCUGCCCGAGAAGCUGAAUCCGGUGGUCAAGCCCCUGAUGGAGUCCAUCAAGCGGGAGCAGUGCCUCCAGUUGCAGCAGCUGUCCGCCGAGUUCCUGGUCCACCUGAUGGAUCAGGUCUGUGAUAGAAACCCUAGUCCAAAUAGCAAGAUCUUGAACAAUCUUUGCACUCUGCUUCGAAGCGAUGCCGAGCACACUCCCAAAUUGGUAAUGCCACUGCAGACACUGAAGCAGACUCAGCCAGGCGAUCCUGGUGCAACUAACAGCUGCGUUUACUACGGAAUCCUGACACUUGCCCUUCAACAAGCAGUGACAACCACUAGCAAUAGGGGCGGCGGAGGCGGUGGAGGAGGAGGCACAACUCCAACGACUGCCACCGCUAGCCGUGGCCCUGGACGACCGCCCGCUGGGGAGAUCCUAGUCCCAACAGCUGCCGCAACUCACGUUGAGCUGAAGGCACAGCAAGCGAAGGAGGCGGAGGCGAAGCAAUGCCGCAUCCAGCGCUUGGGAGCGGCCUGUGCCAUAGAGAAACUGUGCCGGACAUUCGGAGAGCACAUCGUGGACAAGGUGGCUGUGUUCCAGCAGUUGAUGUUCGGCAAGGUGGAGCAGUUCGUGAAGGAAACGUACGAUUGGCAAUUGGGCUGCAUCUUGCCUGAUUUGGGAGCAUGCAACGAGCUUGUCAGCUCCCUGCAGCUAAUCGAGACAGCCGCUCCGCAUUUGCAUGCUGCACUGCAUCCGCAGAUGUUCGCCCUGCUGUCCCCGCUUGGAUUUAUCGUUUGCCAUCCUCUGAAGGCGAUCCGCCACAUGGCCGCUCGCUGCAUCGCCGUGCUGGCAGAGAUCGAUGCAUGCCAGACCAUGCAGUUUGUGGUGCAUGACCUGGUGCCGCUGCUGGGAAAGAUUGAGCGGCUGAUUGAGCGCCAGGGAGCAGUGGAGGCUAUCGAACGGGUGGUCAGUCGACUGCAGAUAAAGGUGGUGCCCUACAUCGUGCUGCUGGUCGUGCCCCUGCUGGGAGCAAUGAGCGAUCCCGAUGAAUCAGUGCGUCUGCUCUCGACCCACUGUUUCGCCAAUCUUGUCCAGCUGAUGCCACUGGACGGGAAGGCGGAGCAGUUGAAGAGCGAACCGCUGCAGGCGCGCAAGACCCGUGACCGCGAGUUUCUCGACUACCUGUUCAAUCCAAAGAGCAUUCCCAACUACCAGGUUCCGGUGCCACUAAGCGUUGAGUUGCGCUGCUACCAGCAGGCGGGCAUUAACUGGCUGUGGUUCCUGAACAAGUACAAUCUGCACGGAAUCCUCUGCGACGACAUGGGCUUGGGCAAAACCCUGCAGACCAUCUGCAUCCUUGCCGGGGACCACCUGCACCGCCAGACGGCCAAUUUGGCCAAUCUGCCUAGUUUGGUCAUCUGCCCGCCCACAUUGACCGGUCACUGGGUGUACGAAGUGGAGAAGUUUCUCGCCCAGGGAUCUGUUCUGCGUCCACUGCACUACUACGGAUUUCCGGUGGGCAGGGAGAAGCUUAGGAGUGAGAUUGGAACGAGCUGCAACCUGGUGGUGGCCUCCUACGACACAGUGCGCAAGGACAUCGACUUCUUCAGCGGCAUUCACUUCAACUACUGUGUCCUGGACGAGGGCCACAUCAUUAAGAACGGCAAGACCAAGAGCUCUAAGGCCAUCAAGCGACUGAAGGCCAACCACAGACUGAUCCUCUCUGGCACGCCCAUCCAGAACAACGUACUGGAGCUGUGGUCGCUGUUCGACUUCCUGAUGCCCGGAUUCCUGGGCACCGAGAAGCAGUUCGUGCAACGCUUCUCGCGCCCAAUUCUGGCCUCGCGGGAUGCCAAGAGUUCGGCCAAGGAGCAAGAAGCCGGAGUGCUGGCCAUGGAGGCGUUGCAUCGCCAAGUCCUGCCCUUCCUGCUGCGUCGCGUCAAGGAGGACGUGCUGAAGGACCUGCCGCCUAAGAUCACCCAAGACUUACUCUGCGAAUUGAGUCCGCUCCAGCUUCGCCUCUACGAAGACUUUAGCAAUAAGCACCUGAAAGACUGUUUGGACAAGCUGGGCGACUCGUCGACGCCGGCCAUGGUGACGGAGAAUCUCAGCGCCAAGACGCACAUUUUCCAGGCCCUUCGCUACCUUCAGAACGUGUGCAACCAUCCCAAGCUGGUGCUGCGCCAGUCCGAGGAGCUCACUCAGGUGGCCAGCCAGCUGGCCCUCUCCAACAGCUCACUGGACGACAUUGAGCACUCUGCCAAGUUGCCGGCCCUGAAACAACUGCUCCUGGACUGCGGCAUUGGUGUGCAGACAGAGUCGGUUAGCCAGCAUCGGGCGCUGAUCUUCUGCCAGCUGAAAACGAUGCUGGACAUUGUGGAGCACGAUUUGUUGCGUCGGCACCUGCCCAGCGUCACCUAUUUGCGGCUGGACGGCAGCGUGCCCGCCUCCCAGCGCCAGGAUAUAGUCAACAACUUUAACAGCGAUCCCAGCAUCGAUGUCUUGCUCCUGACCACUCUGGUUGGUGGCCUGGGUCUUAAUCUGACGGGUGCCGACACGGUCAUCUUUGUGGAGCACGACUGGAACCCCAUGAAGGAUCUGCAGGCCAUGGACCGAGCCCACCGAAUCGGUCAGAAGAAGGUGGUUAAUGUCUACCGGCUGAUCACGCGUAACUCGCUGGAGGAGAAGAUCAUGGGGCUGCAGAAGUUCAAGAUACUCACCGCCAACACGGUGGUGAGUGCGGAGAACGCCUCGCUGCAGACGAUGGGCACCUCGCAAAUCUUUGACCUGUUCAACGGAGGCAAAGACCCAGGAGCAGUAUCGGGAUCAACAGCCCAGACCCAGGGCGGCAUGUCCAUGAACACCAUCAUCGAGAACCUGCCGGAGCUGUGGUCCGAGCAUCAGUACGAGGAGGAAUACGAUCUGGGCAACUUUGUGCAGGCACUGAAAAAGUAGACUACCGCUUCCCACUCCAAGACUUCCAGUAAAAGUUCUGUUCUAGGCUAGGUUGAAAAUUAAUAAAAACGCAUCUAAAAAAUCUUUAUUUUUCGACAUCGUUUCGGAAAGCUGCCCUCUGUUCCUUUGUAAUCGCAAACAGAAACUAAUAAUAAAAAAGUUUGAAAAUAAUAUA